UUUGACAUUUAAACAACUCAAGUUAGAUUCUGUUAAAUUCCUACGGAAAUGAAGUAGAAAAAAGUGAUAUUUUAAGGAAUUUUAUAAAGAAAAUAAGACUAUAAUCGUGUAACAAAUUAAAAAAUUGUUAUUAGCAUAAUAGCAAAAUAUAAUAAAGUUCUUAAAUAAUAAAAAGAAAAAGCGGUGAUGUAAAAGUUAUGAACAUUUGCGUAGUGAUUUGUGAAAAUUAAUGUGUUGUGAAGGGAGGAGCAGCAGUAGAGCAGUCAACACAGUAAUAUUAUAGUGACAAAGAACACAAAAAUACAAAAAAUAAAGAAAAAAUAAAACUAGAAAUCAAGAAACUUCAAAACAAGGCGUAGCAGCGCCAAAUACUGCAAAAAUAGUUUAUAAUUAAAAUAAUAACCACGAGAAAAAUAAAAAUCAGUUGCCAUGGAGGAGAAACGUAUUGCCGAUUAUUUUGUUGUGGCCGGUAUGCCAGAGAAGCCAAAACUACUGCAAGAAAGUAAUUUUAAAGAUUCCAGCCAUUUAAGGGCUGCCACCUCCAUUGAUCCCAUAACAGACAUUGGUGUAUUUUUUCCCUUAUUGGGCGAAGAGAUACCCGAUGAUUAUACCGUGUUGGAAAGUACACCUACUGGAUUACCUGCUAAUUUAAAUUAUGGCUCUCUAAGAUCAACAGAAUGUUUCAUUUACUACAGACGUGGCAAGGAUCGUCCGCCAUUGGUAGAUAUAGGGGUACUUUAUGAGGGACAUGAACGCAUUAUGUCUGAUGCUGAAAUUGUGGCCGAAACACCGGGUGGUCGUGUGGCCAACGUCAACAAUUCAUCGGCUAAAACAUUUUUAACUUAUCGUCGUGCUCAAGCUGAAAUGCCCUGCAAUGAAUUGGUUGUCACCGAUUUGUGUGUGAUUAUCAGCAGCAAAGGAGAGAAACCACCACAUGCCUUUUGUCUAAUCUAUAAGUCUUUGAAUAAAGCCUUUACCGGUAGCGAUGUUUAUUUAUGCUACAAAAAAUCUAUGUACCGUCCAAAACACAUCAGUUAUCAGCCGGAAAUUUUACUACGUUAUCCUACAGUUGAUCAUAAUGAUUUUCCCUUAAAUCUAUGUCCAAGUGUGCCGUUAUUUUGUUUACCCAUGGGUGCUUCACUGGAAGCCUGGCCACAUGUGGCCGAAAAUAAGAAACGUAAACCCACAGCGCCGGUGUUUAGUACAUUUGUUUUGACUGUAAAUGAUGGCACGUAUAAGGUGUAUGGUUCGGCUUUAACUUUUUAUGAGGAUUUUGAUGAAUCACAAUUAACGGAACAACAGUGUGAGCUACUUGGUUGGAAUGAGGAAUUUGCUCAAAAUCAUUCAUUGCAUAUCAUUAAAGCUAUUUGUUUAUUAUCCCACUAUCCCUUUGGCGAUACUUUCGAUAAAUGGUUGAAAUACUUACACCGCUUGGCUGUAUUUGGUGUUAAUUUACCCAUACCUAUAGAACGGUAUAUAACACAAUUAUUGGAUGAAGUACCAUUUCCAGCACCCAGUAUACAUUUGCAGUUAUCGAGUGAAUCAAAUGAUCGUAUACUACUAACGCAGCCCGAAGAUUCGCCUUUACCGCGUAGUGGUGCUGGAUUUCAUAUGCUCCUGCAGAAUUUAGGCACAGAAAAUUGUUUACAUGUCUUACUUUUGGCCUUAACUGAACAAAAAAUACUCAUACAUUCUUUAAGGCCUGCUACAUUGACUGCCGUAGCCGAAGCAAUAGUUUCAUUAUUAUUUCCCUUUAAAUGGCAAUGUCCCUACAUUCCUUUGUGUCCACUGGGCCUGGCAGAAGUCCUACACGCACCAGUACCCUAUUUAAUAGGAGUAGAUUCGCGAUUUUUCGAUUUAUAUGAACCGCCCACAGAUGUUACUUGCAUAGAUUUGGAUACAAAUACCAUAAGUCUUUGUGAAUCCCAAAAACAUUUACUGGUUAAAUUGUUGCCCAAAAGAGCGGCUCGCAUUUUGAAACAGACUCUUUCGGAAUUGGAACAAACUAAACCGCUUAAUAUAGACUGCAACAAUAGUUUAGAUCGCGAUUUACGCAAACGUAGACGUGAGCUACAUUUAGAACAACGUAUACAAGAGGCCUUUUUAUUAUUUAUGGCUUCAAUUUUACGUGGUUAUCGCGAUUAUUUGGUACCCAUUUCAAAGGCACCUUCCGUGGGUGCCACUGACCCCAGUGCCUUAUUUCAACUGAAAGCUUUUCUACGUUCUCGAGAUAAGGCUUAUCAAAAAUUCUUUGAAUUAUUGAUGAAAACUCAAAUGUUUAUACGCUUCAUUGAGGAGAGAUCAUUUGUGUCCGAUGGUGAUCAUGGUUUAACAUUUUUCGAUGAAUGUGCCGAAAAAGUUGGUUCUUAUGAUGAAACACCAUCGGAUGUACGUUUGGUUGAUUGGGAGACUGGCCAGAAUAGUGAACGUACAAAAUAUAUAUUUCCACCAGAUAGUAUUGGACCCACCAAAGAUCACAACGCCCAAGAGACGGUAUAUAAUUAUGAAAAUUUUACCUUAAAUCCCAGUCUUUUGAAAUCAUCGAAAAAGACUGCAUUAUCGAGCUUAAUACAACAACAAAUCAAUGGUUGUCUUGCACCCGGUUCACCAAUUGCACGACGUACUAAACAUGAAAUAAAAUUGUCACAAAAAAUGGCCAGACGUUGUCAAAGCCGUCCAGAGCUGUGGUCCAAAUACUUGUUGGCCACUUGUUAUUCAUUGUAUUUUCUGAUUCUACCGUCCAUGGUCUUGGAUACAAGACGGGCUGGCAAAGAGCAUGAUAUUCUAAGAGCGGCCUAUGAUAUGUUGGUUAAAGCCAGUAAAAUAAAACUUAAUUGUGAUGAGUUUUGUUAUCGCAUUAUGAUGCAAUUGUGUGGCACUUACAAUAUGCCGGUAUUGGCUGUACGCUUGCAUUAUCUUAUGAAGAGGUCAGGGGUACAACCGAAUGCCUUAACCUAUGGUUUCUACAAUCGUUGUGUUUUAGAAUCGGAAUGGCCAAGUGAUAGCACCACCUUAAGCCAAUUACGUUGGAAUCGUAUAAAGAAUGUGGUAUUGGGUGCAGCUCACUUUAAGAGAGCUGGUAAAUUGAGAGCCUCCAAGAAGCCUCUCUCAGCUUCUUAUGACAAUAACCUAAGUACUCUAGAGACGGUAGAUGGUACUUCACGUACCAGUCUAGAAUCCUCUAAUUCGUCGCAACUAUUAGCCGGAGCGGCUGGUGCAGCUGGUGAUGGUUAUGGUGUGAAUAUUUUAGACUUUUCAGCAUUCGAUAAAUUACGCUCCAAAUUAGGCAGUAUUGUAAGACAAUCGAUUGGCACGCAGGAUGCCACCGAUGAUGUUAUAUCCAGUGCUGGCUUGUUAAUUACUGGUGAUUCAAAAUUAUCCACAGACUCCACAACAGGUCAUGUACCGCCCGCCAGUCCACAGCCCACAGCAAAUGAUUUAACCAAAAGACAACUUUCAAAUCGUGAAAGUUUCGGUGGUGAUGCUGAACUUUUAAAUAAACUACAAAGACAACAUACUCUAACGGAAAUGAAUAAUAAAAAGAUUAUGAAUCUGGGUGAAUAUGAUAAGGAGGCAAAAGGUAAUUUUAAUGAUUUGGCUAGUUCUCAAGAAGAAUUAGAUGAUGAUAAUAUACAUGAUACCGAAGAUGAGGAAGAUGAUGAUGAACAUCCCCUGUCGCAUCAAAUACAGAGUCCCACUAAAAUUUCACCCCGCACACCGGUUACACAAAAUGAUCCCUUGGGCGCCCUAAAUGAGGAGGAAGCUCCCCUACCUGUUCAAACUUCGGAUGACCAGUCUGCUAUAGGUGGCGGCGUCUCGUCUAGUUUCAACAAUAACACUUUGUAUAGUGAUAAACCCAUAUUGUUUAAGGGACAACGCAGUGCCACAUUCGAUGAAUCCACUCAAUUGAAUAAAAAUAUGCAACGUUCUGAAACUAUGCCGGGAUCAAGUGUUGCCUCAAGUUUGGCUAACUUGGGUUCUUCGUUUAAAUUAAAUUUUGGACGUUAUUCACCUGCACGCUUGUCCUUUAAGAAAGACUUGAAAUUGCCCACCAAUAUUAUAGAAAAUAUAAGCUACAUAAGUCCUAAUUUUAGUGGUAAAAAAUCCAACGAAAUUAUACAAGGAAGCUUAAGUAGCAUUAAACAUGCCGCUACAUCUAUAACUCGUAAAUUUGAUGAAAUUAAAGGUGCCAUUUCGGCCAAUACAACACCCGUCAAAUCUUCAUUAUCCAUACAAGGUUACAAUGACAAUGGUGUCACCGAAGAGGAUAUGAUUGCCAAUGAAGAUGGCACUUUAAAAAUAAGACGCGUUUCGAGUGAUUUAGAACAUCCUUGGGGCCGUUUAAGUGAAUCGCGCAAAUCAAGUUAUAACAAUCUAGUGCCACUAGGUGAAAAUACUUCCACCAUGAACUUGAAUACAGCGCUUUUAGCUCUACCAGAAAAUCUAUAUGCCACACCGCAAGAUAAUAUGGAUGACAGCAAUGAUUUUGAUGUCUUAAUACAAAUGACUUCAUGCUCUCAAUGCCACAAUUGUUCCGUUUUACUUUACGAUGAGGAAAUAAUGUCCGGCUGGUCAGCUGAAGAUUCCAAUUUAAAUACAACAUGUCAUGCUUGCAACAAGUUAACUGUACCCUUUCUUAGUGUACGCUUCAAUGUUAACGACACGAAAAAAGAUAAUAAUAAACCACAAAUGGAGAAUCUAACUAUACCCUAUUUAAAUCCACUGGUUUUGCGCAAAGAACUCGAAAAUAUUUUAACACAAGAGGGAGAUUUAUCACUCAUAAAACCCAAUUUUGUAGAAGAACAUCCCAUUAUAUAUUGGAAUCUAUUGUGGAUUAUGGAGCGCAUAGAAAGUAAAACACAUUUGCCAGAUCUCUGUUCGCCCACAAUUGAUGACAACGACUGUGAUCCUUUGAGCAAGGUGAAACAUGUAAAAAUUCAAUGUUUGUGGGAUAAUUUACAAUUGCACAGUGAGGCUGGUUUACCCAUGUAUAUUUUAUAUAGACAAACACAGCCCACCAGUCCUUUGCUUAAAGCAUUAUUAACCGAUCAAGCUCAAUUGAACAAAAACGUUAUACAACAAAUCGUUUCCGCCAUACGCUGCAAUGAUCUUCUAAUGCCGGUUAAAAAACUGGCCAAUGAACGUCACAAACUCAAGAACAGUGGCGUCGAUCGUUCUCAUUCUAUCUAUCGUGAUAUACUAUUUUUGGCCAUAACUGCUAUCGGUCGUUCGAAUGUCGAUUUAGCCACAUUCCAUCGCGAAUAUGCGGCAGUAUUUGACAAACUUACCGAAAAGGAAUGCAAUAUGUAUUAUCGCAAUCAAGAUCUGCCGCCCUCAGCAGCCACCAUAUUUUGUCGGGCCUACUUUAAACCACUGUUGCUGCUUCCUUGACGAGAACAAAAUCUAAUGCAACAACAGUUCCACAGAGAUCAAAUAAAAAACAAUAAUACGUAAUAAAAAAUUCUUACAGCACGGAAACGAAUGGAAAAAAGGUAAAUAAGUUUUAUAAUACAACUUUAGUAAUGACAACAAAAAAGGCAAUCAUCAAUGAUACUUAAAAAAAAUAUGUAAAAGAAAAAAUAAUUUUAUAGACUAGUUUUAGUAAGAGGAAUUAAUUAAUUAACUAAUAUAAUAACAAACAUACUAUACAUAUAUAUAUUUUAUUUUUUGUUAUUAGCAUAGUUAUAGGUUCUUGACGUAAACAUUUUAAUAGGAGGACAAACAAACAAAAGCACAUUACUUAUUAUAGGUUAUUAAAAAAAAACAAAAUUAUUUUAUUCAUUCAUUUAUAACAUUUACAAUUUUUAUUCAUAUAUUUAUGAAUUGCAUUCAUUAAAAUUUUUAAUUUUAUUUCACAAAUGUGGGCGUAUUUAUGCAUUAAUUUUUACAGAUAUUGGUAUGUGUUUUUCUAUGUUUAAAGUGCAAUACUUAUGGAAUUUAUGUAUAGUGGUAUGUUAUGUUUUUUUUAUUAAAAUAGACAUCGAGGAACUAUACAUUCUUCAAAUUAAUGGUUUUGAAUUUUUAUGCGUUAAUUUCAAAAAAAUCGUAUAACAUAAUAAACCUCCAAGAGGUUAAACUAGACCUAUUUGGAUUGUAAGACAAUUAUAAACUAUUUAAAAAAUAGAGUGGUUUUUAAAUCGCAUUAAAGCUGUGAUACAAUGUUGUCAGAUCUUACAACGUUGUCAGUAAAAUGUGCAGAAAAUGUCUAACAUUCGUGAGAACUUACAAUUAUUCUUUUGCAAUGUUGUCAGAAAAAGCAUUACUGAGAAUGUUUCAAGACAAAAUUUGUAAGUUGACACUGUUGUUAGACAUUUUCUGCCAACGUUGUAAGAUCUAACAACCGUGUAUACAUAGCUUUACAUAAUUUAAACACUUUAAAAUUGGUAUAAUAAAGUAGAAGAGAGAGUAUAGGGGGACAGAUUGAUAAUGAGCUUAAAGGUUAGAAUUUAUUUCAUUUGAACUUCUUCUAAAUUGAUCAUAUUAUUAUCCAAUUUUCUUAGAUGAUUACAACGUUAUUAAUCAUAAAAAUUUAAAUAUUCGUAUUAAAUUAUUAUUGGAAAUUAUUUAUUGAAAUUUGUAAAUUUUUAAUUUUCUGGUGAAAAUUCAAUUUUUUAUGAAAAUUUGGUUAUUUUGCAGAAAAAUAGCAUUUUUAAUGAAAUUCUUUUUUUUUUGGUGAAAUUUCGAUAUUUUAUUAAAUUUCAUCACUCUUUUGUAAAAUUUUUUUUUUUUCAUUUAAAGCACGAUUUGUUAGUAUUAUACCCCCUUAUUUUGUAAAACACUUCACCUUGCGUUGAAAAUAUUUUCAUACAAAUUUUUUAAAAUACAAAAACAAUUUAUAUGAAAAAUGAAGUGAGGGGAAGGGAUUUACAAAAUAACCCCCUUAGUUUUUUCUAAAACCAAAUUUUUUUUGUAAAAUUUCAACUUGUAUGAAAUUUCUAAUUUCAAUUUUCAAUAAUUUUUAGUGAAAUAUCGACUUUUUGUUUAAAAUUCAAAAUAAAUUUAAAGAUUAUUUUCAAAAUACUCGUUCAAAUCGUACAUUACGAAACAAUUACAAUUAACAACACGCUCACAUUUUUCUUUUUUUUUUAUUAUUAUUUCAAUUAUGUAUUUUUGUUUUAAAAACACAAUUAAUUUUAUGCAUAAUGACUGGUUUAUUUGUGACAAUAUAAAUGUAUUAACUAUAAAAUAACCACAAAAUGGAAAAAAGUAAGAAAUAUAUUUUAUUUUUAAUUAUUAAUAAUAAUGACUAUUUGUAGAUUUGUAUAGAACGUACAUAUUGUCUGUCUAUCUUUACAUAAACAAUAUAAAUAGACAUAAAUAAAUACAUACCAUAUUUACAUUAAUAGUUUUAUACGUAUUUAUUUAUGUAUAUUUAUAUUUAAUUGUAAUUUUUUUAACUCUUUAAUCAUAUAAUAUAUGCCUUAUUAUUGUUAAUUCUAAAGACAAAGAAACAAAAUUUAUCGAUUGUAUUAUUAACUCUUUUUUUUUAGAAAUUUUAUAAAGAAACAAAUAUUA